UUUCGGUCAGUUCAAUCUGUGCUUACCACCCACCCCCGUAAGGCUAGUGAUCUCAUCUGUAGUGCGGUGACCAAGGAGCAAUUGUUGAUUACGUACCGAGAAAGUGCCGAGAAAGGGAGCAGAGGAAGUGCGGUCGCCAAGAUGCGACUCCGGACGACCCCAUCGAGGGUCCUGCGGCCAUCGCUGCUGUUCCUUGCGCUGGUUAGCUUCAUAACCGGUUCACGGGCCAGCGCGACAGGCCAUUACACGGUGGUCGGAGCGAAGCUGCUGCGGCCAAACUCGGAGUACCACGUUUCGGUGACCAACCAGGACGUGGCGGAGCCGGUCCGUUUCAGUAUCGCCAUCACUACCGAAGACAGCCUUAUCGAGAGGCAAGAAAUAACCUUAAACAGGGGCGAAACUCGCCUGGUACCGUUCGCUAUCGGUGAUAUCGCCGAGGGAUCCUAUAAGCUGGUGGCGGAGGGGUUAUCGGGGCUAACCUUCAAGAAUGAAACGAGCCUGGAGUUCCAGCCCAAAGGCUUCUCGGUGUUCGUGCAAACGGACAAAUCGAUCUACAAACCGGGCGAUACGGUGCGGUUCCGUGCGCUGGUGCUGGACCCCAACACGAAGCCACUGGCGAACGCGGACCACGUCGGGGUCCACAUCGAGGACGGCAAGGGCAAUCGCAUCAAGCAAUGGAAGGAUGGGGCGCUAGUCAAGGGUGUGUUCGAAUCGGAGCUGACCCUCUCCACGGCGCCGGUUCUCGGUGCCUGGACCAUCUACGUCGAGGUCUUGGGAAAGACACACCGCAAAAUGUUCGAGGUGGACGAAUACGUGCUGCCCAAGUUCGAGGUGACGAUCGAGUCGCCCGGCAUAACGACGUUCAAGGAUGGCAAGGUGAAGGCGAUCGUCCGAUCGAAGUACACGUACGGGAAGCCGGUUAAGGGCGAGGCCACCAUAUCGGUGCGGCCCGAGUUCGGCUUCCACUAUGUGCAACCGUUCGAGAAGGAUGUGAUCACGCGCAAGGUGAUCCCGAUCGAUGGCAAGGGCUCGGCCGAGUUCGAUCUGCGCCAGGAGCUGCGGCUGGAGGGUGACUACACCCGGAACGUCAUCAUCGAUGCGGUCGUCGAGGAGGAGCUAACGGGGCGAAAGCAGAACGCCACGGUCAAGGUGACCGUGCACGAUCGUCGGUACAAGAUGGAGGUGGUCAAAUCGGAUGACAACUUCAAGCCCGGUCUGCCGUACACGGCGUGGCUGAAGGUAUCGUUCCAGGACGGCAGCCCUGUGCAGGACACAGCCAACCCGGUCGAGGUGGAGCAAACAACAUACGAAUCAACGCCGAUAAAGCGAAACUAUACGCUUAAUGCGAACGGGAUGGCCAAGCUGGUGGUCGACACCGAUGUCAACGGUACCUACAUUAACCUGAGGGCAACCUAUCUCGGCCAAGACUUUUACUUGAGCGGCAUUUCGAAGGCGGACUCUGAGGUGGAUUCAUACAUUCGGGCCAGGGUUCUAACGGAAGUACCGACGGUUGGUAAGGAUGUGGUCGUAGAGGUGGCCGCUACUGCACCGAUGAAGUUUUUCACCUAUCAGCUGCUGGGACGGGGUGAUGUACUUCUCAGCAACACGGUGGCGGUACCGGAAACCACACUGCAUACGUUUAAGUUUCCUGCCAUCUUCGCGAUGGUACCGCGGGCCAAGCUGGUCGUUUACUAUAUUGCCCCCAACGGUGACAUGGUGAGCGACAGCAAGGUGAUCCAGUUCGAUAGUGAGCUUCAGAACUUUAUGAAGGUGACACUUUCGAAGGAGCAAUCGAAACCCGGCCAGGACGUGGAGAUCACUGUCAGCACGAACCCCGACUCGUACGUGGGGCUGCUGGGAGUUGACCAGAGUGUGCUGCUGCUGAAGAGUGGUAACGAUAUUACGAAGGAGGACGUGUUUAGCGAGCUCGAGAAGUACGAGGAACGUUCGUACGGUUACUACCGCCGCAAGAGGAGUUUCUCGUGGCGCCCUUGGGGUGACCAUCGAGAUUUUUCGAGCGUCGGUGCAUUCGUCUUAUCAAACGCCAACGAUCCCCCACGUCGGUACCUUUCAUUCCAUAAACUAGGCGGUCCGGUCCGGAGAUUGGGGGCAGCUAUGCCGGGACCUCUGAUGAAAGCCGCCAUACGUCCGGCUAGUAUGGACAGUGUCCCGAUAGCACCAAUGGCACCAUUACCGCCGCCAGUGGUGAUUCGAAAAGAGUUUCCCGAAACAUGGCUAUGGCAAACGAUCGCCCCGAAAAGCUUCAGCGGAGAAAAAACGUUCCAAAAGAAAGUGCCCGACACUAUCACUUCGUGGAUCAUCACGGGCUUCUCGGUAAACCCGAUUUACGGGCUCGGGCUGACGCAGAAACCGCGCAAACUGAACGUGUUUCUGCCCUUCUUCGUGUCCACCAACCUGCCGUACUCGGUCAAGCGCGGCGAGGUGGUGGCCAUUCCGAUCGUGGUCUUCAACUACCUUGACGAGGAUCUGACGGCCGACGUGGUGCUGGAGAACAGCGAGCAGGAGUUUGAGUUUGCCGACGUCGAGAAUGAAGUCGUCGCGCCGUCCAAGCUGGAGCUGUUCCGCCAAAAGCGGCUAGCGAUCCCUUCCAACACUGGCAUGUCGGUGUCGUUUAUGGUGAAACCGAAAAAGCUCGGUCACAUCACGAUCAAGGUGAAGGCAACAUCGAAAGUCGCAGGCGAUGCUGUUGAGCGCCAACUGCUGGUCGAACCGGAGGGCCUGCCGCAGUACAUCAACAAGGCCGCCUUUAUCGAUCUGCGGGCCACCAAGGAGACAACGAAGAACUUCACGGUGGAGAUUCCGAAGAAUGCCGUCCCCGAAUCGACGCGCAUCGAAAUAGCCGUCAUCGGGGAUGUGCUCGGUUCGACGAUCCAGAAUCUGGACUCCCUGAUCCGCAUGCCGUACGGGUGCGGUGAGCAGAACAUGCUUAACUUUGUACCGAAUAUCGUGAUUCUGGACUAUCUGAAGGCGACAAACAAGCUGACGGCUGGCGUGGAGGCCAAGGCCAAGAAGUUCAUGGAGGCAGGAUACCAGCGGGAGUUGAGCUACAAGCACAAGGAUGGUUCGUUCAGUGCGUUCGGCGAGAGCGACAAGAGUGGCAGCACCUGGCUGACGGCUUUCGUGGCGCGAUCGUUCAAGCAGGCGGCCAAGCACAUCACGGUGGACGAGGCGGUGAUCGACAGAUCGCUCGAAUGGCUGAGUGACCACCAGGCCCCGAACGGUAGCUUCCCGGAGGUGGGCGUCGUUUCGCACAAGGACAUGCAGGGUGGUUCGGGCGGCGGCGUGGCGCUGACGGCGUACACCCUGAUUGCGUUCCUCGAGAACAUCAAUCUGGUGGACAAGUACAAGAACACCAUCAACAAAGCGAUCGAUUACGUAUACCGCAACACUGAGUCGCUGGACGAUACGUACGCCCUGGCGUUGGCUGCGUACGCCCUGCAGCUGGCCGACCACUCGUCGAAGGGGUAUAUUCUGUCGAAACUGGACACCAAGGCCACCACCGACAGUGACUCGAAAUGGUGGCACAAACCCGUGCCAGAGUCGGACACGAAGAAUCCCUGGAACAGCCGACCGAACUCGGUGAAUGUGGAGAUGUCGGCGUACAGUAUGCUGGCCUUCAUCGAGGCCGGUCUCGAUACGGACGCCCUGCCCGUCAUGAAGUGGUUGAUCGGGCAGCGUAACGAUAAGGGUGGCUUCCAGUCGACCCAGGACACGGUCGUGGGACUGCAGGCGCUCGCCAAGAUGGCGGCCAAGAUUUCGUCGGCCAACAAUGACGUCAUGAUCGUGGCGAAGAUCAACGAGAACCAGGAAAAGAGGAUGAACGUGAACGCGGACAAUGGUAUGAUUUUGCAGAAGCUCGAGCUACCGUCGGCGACCCGUCACAUCGAGCUGAAGGCCACUGGCACCGGGUUUGCCAUCGUGCAGCUGGCGUACAAGUACAACAUGAAUGUGACGGGCGAGUGGCCCCGGUUCGUGCUGGAUCCGCAGGUGAACGCCAACUCGAACCCGGACCAUCUGCACCUCUCGGUGUGCACCAGCUUCGUCCCAUCGGCCGGCCAGAACGUGUCCAACAUGGCCGUGAUGGAGGUGGGCUUUCCCAGUGGCUUCACUGCUGAUUCCGACACGUUACCCUCGCUAGAGAACAUGCCCUUCAUCAAGAAAGUGGAAACCAAAGAUGGCGACACGACGGUGGUGCUGUACUUUGACAGUCUGGAUCAGCGCGAGCUUUGCCCCACGAUCUCUGCCUUCCGGACGCACAAGGUCGCCAAGCAGAAGCCGGCUCCGGUCGUAAUCUACGAUUACUACGAUAACUCUCGCAUCGCUCGCCAGUUCUACGAAGGACCGAAGGCUUCGCUGUGCGACAUUUGCGAAAAGGAAGACUGCGGUGAUGCCUGCUCGAUCCGGUCGCAGAAACAACGCUCGCCGGCCGAUGCGGCCGCCCUCAACAACACGAUGGGCCACGAGUGGGCCAAGAGUGCGGCAUCCUCGCUGCCCGCUAGCGUCGUAUCGUUCCUGUUGGCCGCAGUGAUCGUGGGUCUGGUGCAGUAACCGGGGGAAAAGGGCCCCCGCGGCUACACAGACAUGGCGCCUAAAGUUACCACCUGUGAAUGGAAUGGUUUGGCAUAAGACAUAAGAUGGAGCCCGGAAGAGGGUGUGGAUCGUGAAACUGAACCUAACAACGAAUGGGAACAAUACAAUAUAUGUUCGAAAUCAGAUAAUAAACAAAUAAAAACUAAAUGUGU